UCUUCUCCUAAAUCACCUUCCUAUGGCCACCACUACACCGCCGCCACCACCCAGCUGUUGACAUGCCACCGCCCCCACAUCCCCCAAUCAGAAACAGCCACGUCAACCUCCCCAUCGAUCUCCUCUUCACCGCCCUCUCCGUCUUCUACCUCUUCUCCUCCUCCUCCGCCAAAAUCUCUCUCCUCCCGAAACCCCCGCUCCUCAAUUUCCCAUCCUACCCUCGCCGAACCCUCAAAAUCCCCACAAUGUCCCUCCACCAAAACCGGAGCUUCUCCACGCCGCAAUCCCUCUCCGACUGGCUCAAGCCGCGCCUCCGCGCCGACUCGCUCGCCUCCUGGGGCGUGAAACCCGGCACCAAAAACGUACACAACCUCUGGCUCGAGCUCGCCGAAGGCGAAAGCUCCCUAGCCGACUCCACCCCUCCAAUCCGGACCGUCCACGUCGUCACGGUUCGGGUCACCGACCCGCGAAACCGGGUCCUGAUCGAAUCCGAGCAGGAACUAUCCGACGGCAGCGUCAGGAGCCGCGGGAGGCCUCUAUCGGAGAAGAUGAAGCCCGGCGAGGAUCCGAUAGCGGCGGCGAACCGGGCCGUGAUGGAGGAGCUCGGGUCGAUAUUGAACGGGUCGGGUCAAGUGAGGAUUGUGCCCGGUUCGUAUAGGAGGAAGGUGGAGGAGCGGAGCUCGGCGUCGUACCCGGGGCUGCCGGCGUGUUACGAGCUGCAUUCGGUGGAUGCCACGGUGGAGGGGUUGCCGGAGGUGGAUUUCGUGACGGAGGAGGAGCAUGAGUAUGCCGAUUCCGGCGAGAGGAGGGUUGCUGAUGAAGCUGUGUCUGUGAAGAAGCAUUUCUGGAAAUGGGUGAGUCCUGAUUCGAUAAAGCCUGAGCUCAAUUCAUAAGACAUUUUUCGAAAUGUAAAUUUAGUAGUAGAUUUCUUUUGAGCUUUGAUUGAUAAUUUGAUAUCAUUUUGAAAGUUGAGUUUUUUGUUGUUGUUGUUAAUGGAUCCAAUUCGUACAGAAUGUACCACUUACUUUUGGUUUUGAUCAUAAUAAAUUGAAUUUUUGAACCUCA